CGAUAGCCCAAACUCAUGACUUCCCGGGGUUCCCACUGAUAUCUUGGCGUGGCUUUAAUUUGAUCACAAUUAGUGUUGGUUAAUUAGGUCUCUCUGCAAGAUUCUAUUCUGAACUCUACAAUGGGAUUCGAAAUUCAAUCAUCAGCAUACUCGAACCUCCAGUCAAUCUUGGUAUCUGAGUUGCAAGAGAACAAAGAAGCAAUUUUAUGUUCCUACGCUUCAUGGCUUGAAAAGCAUCCCUCUGCACUGGACAAGUUUGAGGAAAUGAUGAGCAUCGCCAAAGACAAAGAGAUUGUUGUGUUUCUGGACUAUGAUGGAACUCUAUCUCCCAUUGUUGAUGACCCUGAUCGUGCUAAUAUGACUGAUGCUAUGCGCACAGCAGUAAAUGAAGUUGCUUGUUGCUUUCCUACUGCAAUUGUCAGUGGAAGGAGUCGGAAAAAGGUACGUGAAUUUGUGAGGUUAAGAAAUAUCUACUAUGCUGGAAGUCAUGGGAUGGAUAUAUCAACUCCAAAAGGCUCCUCAAAAGCUGAAGACCAGAAACAUCAGACUAGGGCUGUUGAUGAAAAGGGUAAUCAAGUAGUUCACUUUCAUCCUGCAGGAGAAUUCCUGCCAACCAUCAAGGAGAUAAUUCAGGUUCUGAAAGAAAAUGUUCUAACGGUAAAUGGGUCCAAGAUAGAAGAUAAUAUGUUCUGCAUCACCGUACACUACAGGCUUGUGAAAAAUGAAAAGGAAAUUGAAAUUCUCAGAAAGAUGGUGGAAUCUAUCAUGGAAGCUUACCCCAAUUUUCACAUAUCAGUAGGAAGAAAGGUUAUAGAGAUACGCCCAAAUAUAAGUUGGGAUAAAGGUUGUGCUGUGCAGUAUUUGCUUGGCACUCUUGGCUUUGACAGCUUUGACAAGGUCAUACCACUGUACAUAGGGGAUGAUACAACUGAUGAGGACGCCUUUAAGAUUGUUAGACACAUUGGACAAGGUUUUCCAAUCAUUGUUUCGUCAAAAGCAAAGGAGACCAAAGCUUCCUAUUCUCUGCGUGAUCCAGAUGAUGUUCUGUCUUUCUUAAUACGUCUUGCUAAGUGGGGGAAAAGCUUGAUAUAGAGCUAAUGAGACGAGCUUCAGAGGCAGUUAUGCAGACAAAAAUAGGCUAAUUUGCAUUUGUUUUCUGCAUACUGAGAAAACGAAAGCAAUAAAGGUUUAAAAGCAUGGUGGUACUAACUCGGAGGCAUGCUAUAGAAGAAACAAACAUGAAAGAUUGGUAAGUUUUAGGAUGGAGAGUUUUUCGUUUUUGGUUUAAGUUGUGUAAAGAGGGCAAGGACUAAGAAGUUGUCUUAGGGAUAAAACCAUUCUUUCCUAGAGAAGACUGGUGAGAACUUAAGAGAUCGAAUACUUAAAAUACUUCGUCCCAAUAUAAUGGACUAAGUAAUCUAUCCU